CAAUAGCUGGCUGGUCAAUAGAUUCGACGAUGGCAGCACUGGGCGUGAUGGCGGAGGCGGCGAAUGCGCGGCUACUGCAGGAGCGCAUUGAGAGCGUCCGUGAGCAAGUGACGCAGCUGCAGGACCAGGUGGACCGCUUCGACGCCGUAGCCGAUACGCUGACAGAGUUGCCCAAGAAGCUCUCACACAAAGUUAUGGUACCUCUGGGCAAGCGCGCAAUGGUUCCGGGCAAAAUUGUGCGCUCCAACGAGGUGCUAGCGCAUCUUGGAGACGAAUAUUUCUCGUGGCGUUCGACUCCACAGGCGCUUGAGAUCAUUGAACGGAAGAAGAAAGGUGCAGAUGACACUCUGUAUUGCAAUUCUAAGACUGUAUUGAAAAUGGUUUUUAUGGUGUUUCUGCAGCUCUUCGCAAGCAGAUUGAGAUGCAGGAGGAGAAUCUACGGGAACUCAGCGCCAAGCAGACGGAUGUAGGCAGCGUCGCGCAGCUGCAGAAAAUGUACGAGGACGAGAAUAUCCGCGAGAUUCAGGAGACAGAAGAGGAGAGUGAACUCGGCCCGAUCCCUCGUGCUACGGGUGAAGACAUCAAGGAGUACUUUGAGGUUGAGGAGGAGGAACGACUGAAACAGGAACAGGCGGCGUGGAACUGGGACGACAUGAUGAAGCGUAUGGAGGAUCUAGAAGCACGUGAAGCUGCUGGUGAAGGCUUGGAGGACAAGACAACGAAAGAAGAAGAGUCGGCAGAGGCGCAGGCUGCUGCUCUGAAAGCCAAGGGCAAUGAUGCCUUUGCUAGACGGCGAUUCCAGGCUGCUAUUCAGUAUUACUCGCAGGCAAUCGAGCUGGACCCGACGUCUCAUAUUUUGUAUGGCAACCGCGCUGCAGCAUAUCAUCGUCUGAAAAAGUAUAAGCAGGCACUGGACGACUCUGACGUUGCUGUCUCGCUGCAUGAACCGUGGGUGAAAGGACACUACCGCAGAGCGUGUGCAUUGGCUGCACUGGAGCAGUUUGAAGACGCAGCUGAAGCCUAUGAGCGUGCCAUGGAAUUGUGUCCUACUGACGAAAAUCUAGGAGAAAAGGCAAAGCAGAUGCGCGAAAAGGCCAAAGCGAAGGCAAAUGGGGAUAACGUUGCUGCCCAAGUAGCAGAAUCGAAACCCCAGUCGGCACCAGCACCGUCAACAGUGGAGCCUGUGCCUGUCACUUCGCCGUCUUUGAAGCCUCCGGUACCAGCUUCUUCCUCGACUUCGUUCGUCUCGGCUUCUUCUGCAUCAACGGCAUUUUCUGGCAGCAUCGUGGAGCAUGAGAUCACGGAGAAGACGUCGACGCCUGUGUCAGCACCCGUGGCCUCUCCAUUUUCGGGACCUCGGCAGUCACGCUUCCAAGGCACCAACUACACUGGCCAAACCGUGACUCUAGAACCGGUCGGCGAGGCUCAACCGGUGAAACGAGUUUCUCGCUUCAAAGCAGCGAGGGCAGCUCGAGGGUCAAACUAGACCACAAUUUUGAAUGUGAGAUGCUUGAAUGGUACUAGAUUGGCACGACAAGUAAAGCACGCAAUACAGAAAGUCUACGUAGAGGAUUUCACAAUAUAUUUACCAGCCAUCGCUUUGAGUCUGCUA